AAUGCAUUUCCACAGUGAGGACCUUUUGGUGUGUUUGAGCUGAAAACAGAUGCGGGAGCGCACUUCGCUGAAGGACACAGAUGUCGAGCAGACCGUGGACAUUGUGUCCGAGAUAAGAGCACCAAGUCCCCGCUGGACCAUGGGACUGACGGGGCUGCUGCUCGGGCUGCUGUGGUUCCGCUCUGCUCUGCUCUGUGCAGCAGGCUGCAGUGAGCGAGUGGAGGUCCAUACUGAGCGGAGGGGUGUGAUCUACAGCCCCUCGUGGCCUUUAAACUACCCCCCUGGUGUCAACUGCAGCUGGCAUAUCCAGGGCGCUCAGGGAGAGGUCCUUACCAUCAGUUUCCGUAACUUUGACGUAGCGGAGUCAGGGAAUUGUUUGGGAGACUGGCUCCUGCUGACACCAACGAGGAAUGGGGGGGAAGCCAGGCUGUGUGGCUCCAUGGUGCCGCCGCCCUUCAUCUCCACCAGGGGGCGUGUUUGGCUCUAUUUCCACUCUCAGGCCAACAGCUCGGGGCAAGCCCAGGGCUUUCGCCUGUCCUACAUCAGAGGUCACCUGGGUCAGAGCAGCUGUCAGUCCGAUGAGUUCCUGUGUGGGAAUGGGAAGUGUCUUCCUCGCUCCUGGAAGUGCAACGGUCAGGACGAAUGCGGCGAUGCCACAGACGAACGCAGCUGCUCCCCCCCUCCCACUGAGUCCCGGCCUGGCCCCUGCCCCUUUGGCUCCCUCCCGUGCACUGAGGCCCAGUCCACCCGCUGUCUGCCUGCCGCCCUGCGCUGCAACGGAGCCCGGGACUGUCCCGAUGGCACCGAUGAGCUGGGUUGCCCCGACACCACCUGUGGCAAACAUCUGGGGAACUUCUAUGGCUCCUUUGCUUCCCCAGAUUUUUUCCGGGCUAACAGGACCGCUGUGGCGGAGCUGAGGUGUUCGUGGUCGCUGGACACUCAGGACCCCAAGCCCAUCGUGCUGCAGCUGGACCUGCAGCUGGCACCCGGAGACUCGCUGCAUGUCUACGAUGGCCUGCUCCAGCAUGCUGAGCACCUCUUACAGGUGUUGUCGUAUCAUAACAACAGGCGCCCGGCGCUGCUGGAGUCCAGUCGGGGACAGAUGAGUGUUUUGUACAUGGCCCAGCCUCACAGCCCUGGACAUGGCUUCAACGCCACAUACCAGGUCAAAGGGUACUGUUUUCCCGGCGAGCGUCCCUGCGGCAGCGAUCAGGGCUGCUACUCUGAACGCCAACGCUGCGACGGCUACUGGCACUGCCCUUCGGGCCGCGACGAGGAGGCCUGCCCAACGUGCCCAGGCGGGGAGUUCCCCUGCGAGGGCGGUAAUGGAGUGUGCUACCCGGCCUCUGAGCGCUGCAACAACCAGAAGAGGUGCCCGGAUGGGUCGGACGAGAAGAACUGCUACGACUGCCAACCUGGAAACUUCCACUGUGGGACUAACCUGUGCAUCUUUGAGACGUGGCGUUGUGACGGCCAGGAGGACUGCUUAGACGGGAGCGAUGAGAGGGACUGCCUGGCAGCGGUGCCCAGGAAAGUGAUCACGGCCGCCCUGAUCGGCAGUCUGGUCUGUAGUCUCCUGCUAGUCAUUGCCCUCGGCUGUGCCCUCAAACUCCACUCCCUCAGGAACAGAGAGUACAGAGCUUUUGAGACUCAGAUGACUCGCAUGGAGGCCGAGUUUGUUCAAAGAGAAGCUCCCCCUUCGUAUGGUCAGUUAAUCGCCCAGGGUCUCAUCCCCCCGGUGGAGGAUUUCCCAGUGUACAACCCCACCCAGGCCUCCGUGUUGCAGAACCUGCGGUUGGCGAUGCGCAGACAGAUCAGACGUCACUCGACACGGCGCUCCACCACCUCGUCCUCUCGUCGGCGUCUCGGGCAGCUGUGGACUCGGCUGUUUCACGGUGCGGGGCGAACCAGAGGCCACGCCCUGCUGCUCGACUCCCCUGGACCCACACAGAUCACAUUGGGGCUCCACAGCUACCGAACUGUGGGUGUGCAGGGGACCCUGACAAGGGCCAGGUCUGGAGCUGGGCUGCGGGAUGACCCUGAUGUAAUGGGUAUGCCUGGCUCCUGCUGCUCAGCCACCAUGGACCUGCAGUCAUGCACGCCAGAGAGCCCUGCAUCCCCUCUCUCAUCGCAGUCAGUGGACAGUCCAGAGGAGGAGGAACUCUCCCCUGUCAGCAGGGGAAGCAGUAGGGCUCCACAGUCUGAGCCCCCCACCCCUGUUCAGAGUGACCCUUCAGCCCAGGAAGCCUCUGUGCCCCCUUGCCACACCCGGGCAUCUAGGAAACUAGUCCUGGAGCUCGCUGUUAACCUAAAGGGUGUUUCCUUGAGACGUUACUCCCCCUUGGGACCCUUGUCCCCCAUCUCACCCCCUGUGCUUCCCAGCAGCUCCCAGACAGCCCCAACCCACCCUCCCUCCCAGGGGCUGGAGGGGACUUCACCUCUCGAGCCCUUGUCUUCUUCUGUGAAAGCAGAGGACAGCAACAGCCACUUUACCGUGGAAGUGCCAAGCAGAGAAAUAAGAAGCAGGGAUGAGAGGAGGAGGGAGGGCAAGAGCAGGCUCUGCAGGUUCAGCAGGACCUUCAGUGAUGAGGGGGGAGAUUCAGGGAGGGAGACAACGCAGUGCUGAAGAGUUUAGGAAGAUACUCUCCUUCCCCUCACUCUGUUGAGACCUGGUGUCAGCAAUAUCUGCUCUGUCCGUUAAAGUGUCCUUUAAAUAUGUCCCGACCAGAUCCAGAGGUGAGACCCGUACCUUAGCCCACCACAAGGAGGAAGUACAUACAGUAUAUAAUUAGUUCCAUUCAACCAUUUGAGUGCAUACACAUCUGCAUAUGCACAAAAUGAUGCAUAUGCAAUUAAAACCAGCGUUGGCAGUGCUUAUGGUCUGUGUAAUACAGUAAAUCUCUUUGUCAAACAGGAGCUAAAUGUUGACCCCCACAGUUAAAUGCAAACAGACACCCUUGUUUAACGUGUUUGGUCAUAAACUCAUCAUGAGCCUGUUCCAGAAAAUCAAACUCUUUGGCCACCAGUACCAAUACAAUAUUGGCAACAUGAUCUUACAACGCCAAAGCAGCCUUUGUGUCGUUACCCAGAGCCAUUAUGCACCGCUAUACUGUGAACCAUAAAAGCCUGUUAAGUGAUCACAUAUUAAUUUACCUGAUUAAUGAUACUCUAGUGGGGGGGGGAGACAGGUCUAGUUAAAAACCAGACAGGUCCAGUUGUGGGUUGGUCAGUGAUGUCUUUUUAAUAGUUUUUGGACAAUAAUGGAUCUCUAUGGCGCAGAGGAAUAAGCUACAGUAUGUCAGGCAUCGGGGUAAUACAUUGACAAUUAAUACAAGGUUGGUUUUGGUGAUUUCAUGGGACUUGUUGACAAUAAGAAAAGUAUAAAAUAACACCAGACCUACCUUUUUACACACCUUUGAACCACAAAAGUUUGACAUUUUGGGGAAUACACUCAUUUGCUUUCUGGUGGAGGGUUAGAUUGGAAGAUUGAUACCAAUCUCAUAUCUGUCUGUAAAAUAUAAGGCUACACUCGGCAGCCAGUUAGUUUAGCCAAGCUUAGCUCAAAGACUGGAAACAGGCUCUGUCUGAAGGUAGCAAGUAAGCUUCAAAGGUGCUGGUGGGCAGAUCUGCUGGCUGUAGUCUUAUUUAUAAGGAUGUGGAAUAUGGGAGUGGUAUUCAUUUUCUCCUCUAACACUUAGCCAAAUUUUCUCCCCAAAAAGUCAAGCCAUUCCUUUAACAGUGCAGUGUCACUGAAUCAUUCAGCGGUUCAAUCAUGCCAAGCCUUUGUCAGUAUUUAUUCAAAAUAUAUACGCUUUGUUACCUGCGCUUUUCUUCUUCAAUGGCCCCUUUUAAACAUGAAGAACUUUUUCAUUAUGCUAAAGAAGUUGUAUCAAGUGGAUUUUUCAAUUCACCAUUUUUAACUUGAUAUAUCGUCAGUUUUAAAAAGCCAAACUUGGAUGGAGACUGAAGUAGUGUGUCCAAGUAUAAAGCCUGUAACUCUGCUCAGCCCUUAGUCCUCCUCAAAUCAAACCCAAAAUGUCCUCUUAAGGAAGCCUUUCCUGACUUGAAUGAACGUGACCGUGUCUCUGAUUUCUAUUCAGUGCAGUGAAGACUUUUUGAUUGUCAGGAAGAGAGGCUUCACUUCAGAAUAUUGAUUGUUUGUGGAGUACUGUUCAUCCCAGCGGUACCUGUGCUGUACUGCUGACUGCACACUGGUCACUGCAGACCCCUGGACUGCUGGUUUAUUCUACUCGAAAUUCAUAUCUAUGCUGUGGGAUUUUUCUAUGACAGGUUGUUGAAACAAAAGGCCUCUAUUUUUCUCCAGUCUUCAGUGGGGACCUGAACAAGUCCUACUUUAUAUUUAUCUCUCUUUAUUGAACUUGAGGGAACCUGAGCACCUGUGUCUCUGAUGUUUUUUGUAAAGCUCCCUAAUUGCUGUUGGACCUCUAAAGAAUGUAUCAUUUUCAUUGUUUACCCUCUUUUACUGCAGGAUGUGAUACUGGACAGAAAAAAGAUAUCAUGUGUAAGUAGGGAGAGUAUCAGGAAUGCUGGUUGAUUCUUAGCAUCAGUGUCAGGUUUCUGUUAUUCUUCCUUUAAGUGAGCUGAAUGCGUCAUGCUGCUAUCCUCAUGUGCUUCCUUCUUAUAGAAGUUUUGUCAUAAACAGCUGCUACAUGUUAUGUGCCAUUAGAGAUGUGUCCACAAGUAAUUCCUGCCUAAUGAUUUGAUGCGUUUCCAUUUCAAAUCAGUUUACUCAUUCCUAGCUUUACACAUUUGUGCUCUUUUUUUUCCUACCUUAUUUAAGUUGAAAGCCUGCCCGUCCGCAUUUGACUUUAGUUAAUUAGUUUAGAAAACAAUCCCAUAUCUGCAGAAUGUAUGUCCUUACUUGCUUUAUGGUGUACAGAAGUGUGUUAAAAUGCCUUAAUGGUUUUUCCUUGCUGUUGUAAAUAUCACGGACAGUUUCACAGCCCACAGUUGUGGUAUCCACAUUGGAAGAGAUUAGAUAUAUCUGUGUCUGGAUGCAUCUUUAAUUAUAUGACAUGGGAUUGGUGCAACCAACUGUUCUGGAGUUAUAGUGCACUACUGCAUCAGGAAUCUCUGGGAUUAUUAUAGCAGGGGAGUUAGGAAAAAUAAAAAUGAGUUUUUCAAUAACCUUAUUCCAGUGUAUUUACCUGUUUAUUUAAAUGAUAAUCUGUUAAAUUCUCGGUGAAAUCCAUUGCUUUGAUAGUUUUCAGACUGCAGCCAACCAAUUCUAGAGAAUGAUGUGGUAACAUAUUACAUUUGAAAUGUAAAGAGAGAUUGUCACAUUGACUGCUAAGGGGAUGUUUAAUUAUGUCAGCCCAGAUCAGGAGUUUCUGUAACACAAAUACACUGGAUCCAGGCCACUGGAAAGUAAAGUGCUACUGAAGAGGUAGUCUGAGAAUGGCAUACCCUGUCCUUGCUGUUUGAUUUUGAAGCUUCUUCCACGUCAAAGGCUGAAGAGCAUUUCUCUUAUUUAAAAAACUAUAUUUGUAUAUUUUGUGCUAAAAUAGAAAUGCCACCAUGCCAUUAUGGAGUUUGUUGAU